AAAAAGCGCAAGAAAAAGGACCCCAAUGCUCCCAAGCGCUAUAUGGGCAGCUAUCUCCUUUGGUCUCAGGAAUUCAGACACAAGUUGAAGGAACUGGAACCCGACUUGAACCCUCGCGACGUUGCCAAAGCUAUGGGUGAAAAGUGGAAGUCGAUGACUGAAAAGGAAAAGGAGCCUUAUGUCAAACGCGCUGAAAAGGAGAAAGCACGCUAUGAACAAGAAAUGAGUGAAUAC